CAUGAAUUCUGCAACCUCAAAUCUGCCAACCAGGUCUUAUACCACACCAGUACAUCAUUUACACCCAACCUUUAAAAUGAGCAAGCGCCCGAGCUCAAGUGCAGACGAAGACCAGGGUCAACGAAAACGGCACCAUGGUGAACCCAGCUCAAGAUCACUCCCAAUUCCAGACCUGAGCACAGCAACGCCGUGGUCAUCCUCCGAUAUCUCCUCUGAAUUACCACCACUACCUCAGAUCUCAAACCCGGAGCUCGAGCUUGCAGUAUUCAGUCACCCUGGAAUUGGCCAUGGCCCCAACUAUGAGCGCCUGGAGUGGCUUGGCGACGCAUACAUCGAGAUGAUUGCAACGGCCCUAAUUUUUCAGACGUUUGGCCUCGCCUCGCCGGGACGAAGCUCCCAGGUCCGAGAGCAACUUGUGCGCAACAUCACGCUGGCAGGAUACUUUAGGCAGUACAAGAUGGAGAAACGAGCACGCCUACCUGCGGAUAUGGGUAACAUGGAGGAGCUGAUUCUGUCAAAAAUGAAAGAAAAGGAGAUCACCAAAAUCCAAGGCGAUAUUUUUGAAGCAUUCGUUGCUGCAGUCGUUCUCUCUGACCCUAUCAAUGGCCUCCCCACUGUCAUUUCCUGGCUCAAGUCGCUCUGGGGCAGGACAAUCAAGGAUCAAAUCAAGCAAGCAGAGAAAGCCAACAAGUCGGCUCCUUUAGGCGGAUGGAAUAUGCCUAUGGCACCUGGGGGAACUGGCGUUAAGGACGUGACACCCAAGGAACGCCUUGCACAAAUUCUGGUGGUUAAGGGAAUCCACCUACGUUACGAAGACAUGCCGAACAAAGACAAAAAGGAUAAGAAUCUCGGUUUGCCAUUGUACUCGGUGGGCGUUUAUCUUGACGGAUGGGGAGAGAAGGACAAGUAUCUAGGCGUGGGCACGGCGCUGAAGAAGAAGGAGGCGGGCCAGAAAGCGGCGGAGAUGGCAUUGCAGAACAAGAAGCUGAUGACGCUGUAUGGGGAUAAAAAACGAGCGUUUGUGGAGACGCAGAAGGCAUUGGAGGAAGCAAAGGGGAACCAUGUCUCAAAAUGAGGUCGUCAAUGGUUGGUCCUAGGGAACGAGCAUUGCGAGAAACCAUGCAUGUACACUAGAAUACUGGCUGCAAUUGAUACCCGAAUUUUCGGUGUCUAGGCGUGUGCCUCACUGAAUAGUGCAUUAACAGCAAUU